AUGGAAGGAAAAACCACAAUGAAAGGACUUGCUAUGCUUGGAAUUGGAAGAAUUGGAUGGAUUGAAAAGAAAAUCCCAGAAUGUGGACCACUUGAUGCAUUAGUUAGACCAUUAGCACUUGCACCAUGUACAUCAGAUACACAUACCGUUUGGGCAGGAGCUAUUGGAGAUAGACAUGAUAUGAUUCUUGGACAUGAAGCGGUUGGACAAAUUGUUAAAGUUGGAUCAUUAGUUAAGAGAUUAAAAGUUGGAGAUAAAGUUAUUGUACCAGCUAUUACACCAGAUUGGGGAGAAGAAGAAUCGCAAAGAGGAUAUCCAAUGCAUUCAGGAGGAAUGCUUGGAGGAUGGAAAUUCUCAAAUUUCAAGGAUGGAGUUUUUUCAGAAGUUUUCCAUGUUAAUGAAGCAGAUGCCAAUCUUGCACUUCUUCCAAGAGAUAUUAAACCAGAAGAUGCAGUUAUGUUAUCAGAUAUGGUAACUACUGGAUUCCAUGGAGCAGAAUUAGCUAAUAUUAAACUUGGAGAUACUGUUUGUGUUAUUGGUAUUGGACCAGUUGGAUUAAUGUCAGUUGCAGGAGCAAACCAUCUUGGAGCAGGAAGAAUCUUUGCAGUAGGAUCAAGAAAACAUUGUUGUGAUAUUGCAUUGGAAUAUGGAGCAACAGAUAUUAUUAAUUAUAAAAAUGGAGAUAUUGUAGAACAAAUUCUUAAAGCUACAGACGGCAAAGGAGUUGAUAAAGUCGUUAUUGCAGGAGGUGAUGUUCAUACAUUUGCACAAGCAGUCAAAAUGAUUAAACCAGGAUCAGAUAUUGGAAAUGUUAAUUAUCUUGGAGAAGGAGAUAAUAUUGAUAUUCCAAGAAGUGAAUGGGGAGUUGGAAUGGGUCAUAAACACAUUCAUGGAGGUUUAACCCCAGGUGGAAGAGUCAGAAUGGAAAAAUUAGCAUCACUUAUUUCAACUGGUAAAUUAGAUACUUCUAAACUUAUUACACAUAGAUUUGAAGGAUUAGAAAAAGUUGAAGAUGCAUUAAUGUUAAUGAAGAAUAAACCAGCAGACCUUAUCAAACCAGUUGUCAGAAUUCAUUAUGAUGAUGAAGAUACUCUUCAUUAAAUUCAUUAAUUCAAAGUAUUAAAC